AUGGAGUCUAACUUUUCCAUUCCGGAGCCCGAUAACGUGCCUGUGACGUUCGACAGAUACGAAUGGCACUUCCAAGAAGCCUCUCUGAAGUCAAUGUUGAAACCAUUUCGAAUGUGCAAGGUUUCGCACUUGCCCGGUCUGCCGCUUUUCAACGAUCCCAGAGUUUUAAACACUGCAAUGACCAGGGCUCAGUCCCAGGUGAUUGUAGUUGGAGAUGCCGCCGCCCUCUGUUGCUUUGGGAAAUGCUCGGGAAUCUGGAAGAGCUUCAUGGACCACUGCAUCACCAAUAAGAACGUCGUACCACAGCAUUACACAAAAGACUUCUUUGAAAAAGAUGUUAUGGAAAUUGCAAGGUUUCAAAAGACUGAAGUUGUGGAUGAAACAGAAACUGUUAAUGAUGCGAUUCUACAGGAGCUGAGAGAUGAAUAUGAAAAGUCCAACACAGAAUCCAGUUCAGAUGAGGACAAUGUGGAGGAGUUGAAUCCCCAGAGGCACAGAGGCAAUGAAGACCAGACAGAUCUCUUGGAUUUAUGUUCCAAACAACCAAAGAUGUUCGAGCGAGGAAAGUUUGUCCGGCAGUCAUAUUCAACUGGUUAUGUCGUUCCGUUUCAUGGCUCCAACAGACGGAUAAGCAUCCAGGGAAGAACAAACACAGGGAAGGCAUUCACUGGAGAUGAAGUGGUGAUUCAAAUACAAGAACCCAGGGUGGUUGGCAUCGUCAAGAGUGCCAAAAAGGUUCGACAGAUACGAAUGGCACUUCCAAGAAGCCUCUCUGAAGUCAAUGUUGAAACCAUUUCGAAUGUGCAAGGAAAACAGUUCAGGGCAGUUAUAAUAACUGCUGUGCAAACGCGUGACAGCCUUCAGGAGUCGCAUUUGCCCGGUCUGCCGCUUUUCAACGAUCCCAGAGUUUUAAACACUGCAAUGACCAGGGCUCAGUCCCAGGUGAUCGUAGUUGGAGAUGCCGCCGCCCUCUGUUGCUUUGGGAAAUGCUCGGGAAUCUGGAAGAGCUUCAUGGACCACUGCAUCGCCAAUAAGAACGUCGUACCACAGCAUUACACAAAAGACUUCUUUGAAAAAGAUGUUAUGGAAAUUGCAAAGUUUCAAAAGACUGAAGUUGUGGAUGAAACAGAAACUGUUAAUGAUGCGAUUCUACAGGAGCUGAGAGAUGAAUAUGAAAAGUCAGGGACAGAAUCCAGUUCAGAUGAGGACAAUGUGGAGGAGUUGAAUCCCCAGAGGCACAGAGGCAAUGUAGACCAGACAGAUCUCUUGGAUUUAUGUUCCAAACAUCCAAAGAUGUUCGAGCGAGGAAAGUUUGUCCGGCAGUCAUAUUCAACUGGUUAUGUCGUUCCGUUUCAUGGCUCCAACAGACGGAUAAGCAUCCAGGGAAGAACAAACACGGGGAAGGCAUUCACUGGAGAUGAAGUGGUCAUUCAAAUACAAGAACCCAGGGUAGUUGGCAUCGUCAAGAGUGCCAAAAAGGUCAUUGGCUGGAAAAAACAUUGUUUUUAUCCUUUGGGGAAUGUCAUAGAUAUUCUCCCCAAAACUGGAUAUUCGGGUGACAGGCUUUGGCUGCUGAAAGAGGAAUUUGGAGUGUCACCCACCCCGCCUGAAACCGAUGGCCUCUCCUCAGAGGAAGAAGAUACAACAGACAGACGGGAUGAACGAAAGACAAUCACUUUCACUGUUGAUCCGGCAGUAGCCAAGGAUUUGGAUGAUGCCAUCAGCAUCAGGGAGGAUGGAGAAUACUAUGAGUUGGGAAUCCAUAUUUCAGAUGUGGCAAGUUUUGUGGAGCCAGGUGGUACAUUAGAUGAGAUUGCAGGAGAACGUGGCUGUAGCUUCUAUGGAAAAGGAGAAGAACCCAUUCAUAUGUUCCCUAAAGAACAGAGCACUGAGCUCUUCAGUCUCCUGCCAGGUAGAGACCGCAGGGUGGUGUCACUUAUGUUCAAAGUGCGAAAGGACACUGACGAGGUCGAAGGAAAGCCCAGGUUUCAGCUGUCCCUGAUCAACUCCAACAGGAAGCUAUCUUAUGAACAGGCAGAGGACAUCAUCUCUAAGAGAUAUAGAGGGCCGCCCAGUUUCGGGGAAGUGGAAGACUGUGUCACGGUGGCCUAUCGUUUUGCAAAAGCUCAAAGGAAAAGAAGACUUCCGGAGUGGGCUUAUUCACAGUGCGAUGACAAAAGAUUGCCUGGAAGACGCAAAGCCCGUGUGAUGAUUGAAGAAAUGAGCGUGUUAUUUAACAGACACACAUCAAAGACUCUUCUCCACUCACCACUCACCGAGAACCUCACUCCCCUCCAGUGUCACGCCAAACCGGAUGAUGAAAAAGUUGAAUAUCUGAAGGAGAAACUUGGAGAGCUAAUCCCACUUUCUUUUCAUGUGAGACACAAAGUUGACGUGGACCAACACACUCCAAGCAUUCAGCAUUUCCGCAUAUUUACCAAAGUGUGGGAGGACAUCCUGUCAGCUGCCAGAGCGGACGACAUGGACAAAAUGAUAUUCAACUUUUUCAUCAUCCGGUUUGGCGUGACACUGGAGGGGAAUGAGAUGCUCGCUGACAGGAUUUCCUCCCACAUGUUGAUAUUCAACUUUCUCAUCAUCCGGUUUGGCCUGACAGCGGAGGGGAGUGAGGUUCUCGGAUCGGAGGAAGAUCGUGUGGAGAUCGCUAAAAUGCUGGUGGAGGAUGCAGGCGUGGAUGAGGGAAGUAUUGUGGUUCUUUCACCCUAUAAUGCUCAAAGAGGAACUGAAGAGGAUGAAAUUGGGGAAAAUUACAGUUACAACGAUCACAAAAAGCCAAGAAGGGUUAACAGUCAGAGUAUUAGCAGUCCAAUGAAUAUCCUGAAUUCUGCCAUGUUUCCUGAACAGGUGGAGAUCGCUAAAAUGCUGGUGAAGGAUGCAGGCGUGGAUGAGGGAAGUAUUGUGGUUCUUUCACCCUAUAAUGCUCAAGUAUCUGCGAUCAGAGAGGAACUGAAGAGGAUGAAAUUGGGGAAAAUUACAGUUACAACGAUCACAAAAAGCCAAGAGAUUGUGAGCGAGCCCAGCGGUGUUUGGCUGUCCAAACAUGUGGGAUUUGUGGCGGAUCCCAACCAGAUAAACGUGGCCAUCACUCGCGCCAAGGAGGGACUGUGCAUCAUAGAGAUUGUGAGUGAGCCCAGCGGUGUUUGGCUGUCCAAACAUGUGGGAUUUGUGGCGGAUCCCAACCAGAUAAACGUGGCCAUCACUCGCGCCAAGGAGGGACUGUGCAUCAUAGAGUACGGGCCUCAUGUCAAAGUCCAGCACCAGCCACUGUUCGUACAGGCCUGCGUGGACGGAUGUGAAGGUGACAGUGAUGGAGUAGGAACCUGCUCCCCUGAUGCGUACACGCAGGGAGCAGGACUGGUGUCACCGAGGCUGAACGAAGCUCCAGGUUCCUCUUUCAGCAGCGCCACACCAGAAUCCUGUGAGUAUGGCAACAACUGUCCAAAGGCCCAUUCUGAGGAGGAGCUGAAGGAGUGGAUGAUGCGCGCCGAAGAGGAGGUGGAGAUCCGAUCCAGCAUGGAGGCUCAGGGGCUCAUGUGCUACAACCAGAGGCUGCUGGACGACAUCUCCUGUGAUGAAGCAUUAAACGCACAGUGUGACGACACCAACACAACUCUGACGUGGAACUUUAGAGUGGAGACGGAGAGAGAGCUCGUGCACGUGGCGCUGCUGAAAGAGGAACCUGGAGCUUCGUUCAGCCUCGGUGAUAGCAGUCCUGCUCCCUGCGUGUACGCAUCAGGGGAGCAGGUUCCCAGGGAAGAAAUCACCUACUCCAUCACUGUCACUUUCACAUCCGUCCACGCAGGCCUGUACGAACAGUGGCUGGUGCUGGACUUUGACAUGAGGCCCGUACUCUUAAAGAAACUCAAAGUCAGAGUGGGACAGCCUCCAUCUGACGACUCCGAACAAUCCAGUUCAGACCAAAGAGCCUCGGUUCAGAGCGCGGAGCGCUGGCACCGAGGGAACAGGAUCAUCAUCCCCUGCUCGUCCAGAACCGAAGAACAGGAGAUGUUAAAGCUCUACAAGCCCCCACUGGUGGGUCUAGUCCACAGAUCAGCCCACAACAAAGAAACCCCCCUGACCAGGGACAACUACAGAGAGAAGAUGCACCGCUUCCUGUACGAUGAGGAGCGGGCAGAGGACCAGGUGGUGUCA